GCACUAGAAAUCGAUGCUCCUCCGAAACACCCAGCGUUGCGCAUUAUAAUAUCGAGAAGAUGGUAAAUUGAAGCUGCUCAAGCAUGAUACAUGUCCCGCUUUGAUACCGACAUGACUCCUUUUCCAUUCACUGUAACAUGAACUUCAGGGUCACCAUAGAACUGAUGUAUGUUUAUUGUACGAAUGUCGUUUGUACUUCGCGACGGAGUGUGUAAUCGCGGACAUACCGACCGGUAGACUGACAAACUAAUAUCGCAUCUUUCCAAACGAUCUCGUUUUUAAAGCGGGAAAUUCCAGCAGCCUACCUUGACUUCUUGCCAGCCUGGUCGCGCCUGCAUCAAUAAAAAUACUACUGGUGUUGAUAUAUAUCCACGUGGCACCAUAUCGGGACUAUCCCAGGAUUCAUUCAUUAAAUGCUAUCACUGAAAAGAGUUGGGACAUAAAUCAAACAGAAAUGGAAGUCGAUGGACCCACCCUCAAGACCGCUGACAUCGUAGUCAUCGUUAUCCAUUUCAUUGUCGUCCUUGCCCUAGGUAUCUGGUCAGCAUGUAAGGCGAAUAGGGGGACAACCACGGGAUAUUUCCUGGCGGGAAAGAGUAUGAGCUGGUGGCUGGUUGGUCUGUCUCUAUACGUAAGCAAUAUCGGUAGCAUCCAUUUUAUUGGACUCAGUGGAACCGCAGCAAAUAACGGCAUAGCUGUCAUCUCAUAUGAGUUUUCUGGUCUUUUCUGUUUAUUGUUACUGGGAUACAUCUUUAUGCCGAUCUACAUAGCAUGUGGGGUUAUCACUGUUCCUGAAUAUCUUCAGCUUCGAUUCGGUGGCUCUCGAUUGAGAAUAUGUUUAUCAGUCGUAUCGAUCGUCUUCACAAUUGUUACAACUCUCGCGUCUGAGAUGUAUGCUGGUAUUGUGAUCAUACAGCAAGUACUUGGUUGGAAUCUGUAUUUAUCUCUAAUCCUCUUACUUGCGAUGACCGUUGCUUAUACCAUGGCUGGUGGUCUUACUGCGGUCAUCUACACUGAUGCUUUACAAUCAUUUAUCAUGAUCAUUGGAGGCUUCAUUCUUUUCUUUAUCGCUAUGGUGGAAAUAGGUGGUUUUGGGGGUCUUUAUCAAGCCUACAUGCACGCCAUUCCCAAUUCUACCCUUGAAGAAAUGGCUCUUAACCCUCACAAUGCUAGCAGCUGUGGUAUACCAACAGAGAACGCAUGGCAUAUCUUCCGGGCUGCUGAUGCGGGCGAUUACCCGUGGCCUGGCGUCAUUGGGAUCUUCUUACUUUCGGCUCAGUAUUUUUGUACUAAUCAAUUUCUUGUACAGCGAUCAAUGUCUACCAAGAAUUUCACUCAAACCAAAGGCGGUGCCGUGUUUGCAAGCUACCUCAAAGUCUUACCUCUUCUUCUCAUGAUCUAUCCGGGUAUGGUCAGCCGAGCUUUAUGGCCUGAUGAAGUCGCAUGCAUUGACCCUGACUCUUGUGUAGAAGUUUGUGGAAAUCCAAAUGGAUGUACAGACAUUGCUUAUCCACGACUGGUAUUAAGACUCAUGCCUACAGGAUUGAAAGGGUUGAUGUUCGGGGCUAUGCUUGCCGCCUUGAUGAGUACACUGACGUCAGUGUUUAAUAGUUUAAGUACUCUCUUCACCAUGGAUAUAUGGACCAAGAUUAGACCUGUUGCCAAGGAUACAGAACUCUUAAUCGUUGGACGUGCCUGUACAGGUGUGAUGGCCAUCAUUGCUAUCUUGUGGCUCCCUCUUAUUCAAGCCUCAGGGACCGGACAACUCUUCGUCUACAUCCAAGCUAUGACGUCAUAUUUAACCCCUCCCAUCUUUGCAGUCUUUGUAGGGGGCAUGUUUUGGGAACGAGUUACUGAAAAGGGUGCAUUUUUUGGUCUGCUAGCGGGAGUAGUAGUGGGUAUCAUCCGUAUGAUCCUGGACUACACAUUCAUUGCGCCAGGAUGUGGCCAGAUAGACAACAGACCAAGCAUUGUCUCUAACUUCCACUACCUUAACUUUGCCACUGUACUCUUCACCAUCACUCUCAUCGUCAUUGUCAUAAUUAGUCUCUUUACUGAACCAAUUCAAAGUGAAAAGCUGGUACGUUUAACAUGGUGGACAAGGCACAGCAAAUUACCCAGACAACCAAUGGAUGACUCCUAUAAGCCUGUAGACACACCACCAAGUGGUGAUCAACUAGAACUUGAAGAUGUGAAAGUGAAUGAUCCAUCAUGUGCACGCCGAGCCUGUGGUAUACUAUGUGGAAUUACCUUAGGCAAGGCAGCUGAUCAACCCACUGAGGAAGAGAUCAAAAGAAUGACAUCACUUGAGGAGACCCCCUUCUGGUAUCGUGUCAUGCUUGCUAAUCUCAUCAUAGCUAUAGGAUUCGGAAUAUUUCUCUUUGGGUUCUUCGGUUGACGACUUAUUUUGUUUCUUAACCUGUAAACAAUCCAUGAUGCUCAAUACAAAGUAUUUUAUGGACAAUCAACAGUGACAGGGUAUUAGAUAUUACAAGUGUUGUUUAAAAUCCUUUGUAAAUAUAUAUGAUCCAAUGUACGGUGAAUUCUCCUCAAUUGUCGCUCUAGCAGUCUUUGUGCAACCUGGCAGCAAUUUUAUUCCUAAGAAUUUACUUCCUGUCAGAAUUGAGUUUAUUUAGUCAAACCCUACACAUUAUGAUCAUUCAUAAACAUAGAUCGUAAAGCUAUUAAGUACUUAGCAACGACAUUGGCAACAACUCCAGCAUUUUGUUAGCAGUAUGCAAUGGGAUAAUGAUGGCAAGAUGGCGAAUUGAAAUUCCAAUAUAGGCAGUAAACUUGAUAUGAAAAUGUUAUCUUGUUUGAUAAAAGUUGAGGCGAGACUUUGAACAAAAUACAAGUCAAAGUCUAUAGCCUAAUUCAAAGACUCCAAAACGACUUAUUUGUAGUACGGAAAGAUAAAAAGGCCAAAAAGUCGUAGGAAAAAAAAUUGUGGUCUGAUACCAAUGAAAUGAGGGAACAGCUUGUGCUAUAUAGGCAUUGUAAAAAUAUAAUGUGUAGACAGGGUGAAAGUUAAACCACAGGGUUAUAGAUAUGCAAUACAAUAUAAACACCUUGAGUACUGGUAGGGAGCAGAUGUAUAUGAUGAUGCAUGUGUGUUUUCUUGUUUAGAAGUGAGACUCUUGUGCAAGAAGUUUGCAGUGAUUAUCCUUUUGAUGGAAUAUAUUAGAAUAUGUGAAUGAUUUUUAUUUAAUUGGCAUAUGAAUGGGAACUUAAUAUUUCUAACAUUAUGAAAUAUUUUAUUCUACUUCAUUUCUUUGUUCCCCCCCCCCCCCAAAAAAAAAAGGGCAAUAUUUUAGAAAUUGAAUGUAUUCAAAUCAUAGCCUGUAACAGGGGGCAUUAAUUUUGAGAUAGAUUGCUAGAAAGUAUAUCUUUUUCUUCUUUAUGUAUAUUUGUUUCAUACAAACAAUUUUGAUAUACAGUAUUAGUAUAAUGCUGGUGUUUUUCAACUAGUAAACUGAUUUUAGAUACUGUGAAA